CUUCGCGCGCCGCGGCCGAGGAGAGUCAGAAAGGCGAGGGGCGCCGGGAGUAGGCGUGUGGGACUCCAGAUCGGAGAGCCGGAGGCUGCGCCUUCCCCUCACCGAGACCUUCGCGACACACCAGAUCCCCGUCCCUGCCCCGUGCGAGCACCCAGGAUGACCACCACUCUCGUGUCUGCCACCAUCUUCGACUUGAGCGAAGUUUUAUGCAAGGGGGACGGGGAUCUAGAGAAGUCUGAGCUGUAUGAGAUAUUUUGAGCUGAGGAUUCUGUUUGGGAGGUAAAGAAGUUCAGUUUUGUGGAUCAACACGGGUAACAAGAUGCUCAACUACAGUACCCCCAGUGCAGGGGGCUGCCUGCUGGACAGGAAGGCGGUGGGCACCCCUGCCGGCGGGGGCUUCCCCCGGAGGCACUCGGUCACCCUGCCCAGCUCCAAGUUCCACCAGAACCAGCUCCUCAGCAGCCUCAAGGGCGAGCCGGCCCCCUCUCUGAGCUCUCGCGACAGCCGUUUCCGAGACCGCUCUUUCUCAGAAGGGGGCGAGCGGCUGCUGCCCACCCAGAAGCAGCCGGGCAGCGGCCAGGUCAACUCCAGCCGCUACAAGACGGAGCUGUGCCGUCCCUUCGAGGAGAACGGCGCUUGUAAGUACGGGGACAAGUGCCAGUUCGCGCAUGGCAUCCACGAGCUGCGAAGUCUGACCCGUCACCCCAAGUACAAGACAGAGCUGUGCCGCACCUUCCACACCAUUGGCUUUUGCCCCUACGGGCCCCGCUGCCACUUCAUCCACAACGCCGAGGAGCGCCGCGCCCUGGCGGGGGCCCGGGACCUCUCCGCUGACCGUCCCCGCCUCCAGCAUAGCUUUAGCUUUGCUGGGUUUCCCAGUGCCGCUGCCACCGCCGCUGCCACGGGGCUGCUGGACAGCCCCACGUCCAUCACCCCACCCCCCAUCCUGAGCGCCGAUGACCUCCUGGGCUCACCCACCCUGCCAGAUGGCACCAAUAACCCCUUCGCCUUCUCCAGCCAGGAGCUGGCGAGCCUCUUUGCCCCUAGCAUGGGGCUGCCUGGGGGUGGCUCCCCAACCACCUUCCUCUUCCGGCCCAUGUCCGAGUCCCCUCACAUGUUUGACUCUCCCCCCAGCCCUCAGGAUUCUCUCUCGGACCAGGAGGGCUAUCUGAGCAGCUCCAGCAGCAGCCACAGUGGCUCAGAUUCCCCCACCUUGGACAACUCAAGACGCCUGCCCAUUUUCAGCAGACUUUCCAUCUCAGAUGACUAAACCAGGGUAGGGAGGGACCCCCUGCCUACUCCACCCCUCCCAUCCUUCCCCUCACCUCCCUCUCCAUCUGAUUCCCCACAACCCCUGCAUUAACAAGGUUAAGCUCAACCCCUUUCCCCCAGAACCUUGGAAUGCCCCCUCCUUCU